UCCUGCUCUAACUUAGACGAAGUAGACACAGGACUCGGUACAUUAAACAUAUUUUACCUGAUUAAAGCUUUUAGUGCUUAUUUACUUUCGGGUUUAUUCUUGCAUAAAGUAUUUCGCACCGAAACCGUUUUGUGGACUGUGGAAGUGCAUCGCUGCAUGUGAAUUGUUCAUCUCUGUGUGUUUAAGAUGCAUGUCGACAAAUACAUCAUUACAGGCGGUGGAGGAUAUUUUGGCUUCCGUCUUGCUUGCGCUCUCAGCAACAAGUCCUCCAGAGUUGUCCUGUUUGAUGUCAGGCCGCCUAAUGAAGCAUUGCCCGAGGGUGUGGAGUUCAUCCAGGGUGACGUUCGAGAUCUUUCACAGGUGCUAAAUGCGUUGCACGGCACAGACUGCGUUUUUCAUAUUGCAUCGUAUGGGAUGUCUGGGAGAGAGCAACUCAACAGAAAGCUGAUUGAAGAAGUAAAUGUUCAGGGGACCGAAAACGUUAUUCAGGCGUGUGUGGAUCUCCGGGUUCCUCGAUUGGUAUACACCAGCACCUUCAACGUGGUCUUCGGCGGUCAGGUCAUAAAGAAGGGCGACGAAACUCUUCCUUAUCUGCCUUUACACCUCCAUCCCGACCACUACUCCAGGACCAAGUCUGUAGCAGAAACACGGGUGCUAAAAGCUAAUGGAUCGCCUCUAGCACUCAAAGGUGGCGUCUUGCGAACUUGUGCUCUCCGUCCAGCUGGGAUUUACGGUCCAGGAGAGGAAAGACAUCUUCCAAGGAUUGUGGGAUAUAUCGAGAGAGGCCUCUUUAGGUUUGUGUAUGGGGAUCCUGAGAGUCUGGUGGAGUUUGUCCAUGUUGAAAACCUAGUCUCUGCGCACAAGUUAGCUGCAGAAGCGUUAACAGAGAGACAUCAGCACCGUGCUGCCGGACAGGCUUACUUCAUCUCAGACGGCCGGCCCAUCAACAACUUUGAGUUCUUUCGGCCGUUAGUGGAAGGUCUGGGUUACUCUUUCCCCAGGCUGCGGCUUCCGGUUUCUCUCAUUUACAUUUUCGCAUUCCUCACGGAGAUCGUUCACAGCGCCGUCAGCCACGUCUACAACUUCCAACCUCUUCUGACACGUGCUGAAGUUUACAAGACUGGAAUCACACACUAUUUCAGCAUAGAGAAAGCCAGAGCAGAGCUCAGUUACAACCCCAAGGAGUAUGACCUGGGAGAAGUGGUGGAGUGGUUCAGGAGCAGAGGACAUGGGAAAAAGCGAGUCACUUCACCUGUUAAAAACCUGAUCCUCGAUGUUGUGUUGGUUCUUAUCAUUGUGGCGUUGGCUCUUUCUUUUCUGCCGGUCGUGGGUCAGUAAAGUGCGACAGAAAAGCUUGCAGUAUAUCAAGAUUUAUUUUUCUGUAGAUUUUUUAUUAAAAAUGAAAGAAAUUUCUAUUUAAAAACUGAAAAACUAAACAGGAAUGUUCUUGGAACGUUUCAAGAACCAAAAGCAAACAUUCCUAGAACAUUCUGAGGACCAAUAAUUGUUAGCUGAUGUACACUGAUUAAAUUCUAUGGCUUAACGUUUCCUUUAGCUACCCUCUGAUGACCGAACAUGUGGCACCGUGUUCACAUGCAUCACCUUAAAUCUCCUUAAACCUGUACAAACUACACACGAAUGUAAACAAGUCAUGUGACAAGAGCUUGACCAAUCAGAACAAAGCAGCUCGUAGGCACUAAUCUACAGUAUUGAUGGUAUAAAUCUUUACAGUAUCCACAUUGGACCAUCCAGUAGGAGCAUAUUUUGAGUGGGUUAUUGUUGCGCUCCUUAUAAUUGUGUUUUAUUUGUAUUUACAAGUUUUAGUUUUGUCAAUUAAUUAACUAGAUAGAUAGAUUAGAUAGAUUAGAAUUGUUUCAAGAAUAAUAAUAAUAAAUUGAGAAUAAAAUGAUUUUUUUCCAUCAUGCAGCUGUACUGUGACAGAUAGAUAGCUGAUGAUGAAGUGGUGUUUGUGUAACAGGUGGCUGACAUGCGACAGACUGUAAGUGUGUGUGUUCGGGGACAGGUGUGUGUAUUCUACAGACAAAAGACCCACUUAGAAAUGCAUUUUUCUUUACAAACGCAGCCUCAUAGUGUGCUUUGUCUCGUGUUUACACGGACUUCCAAAGCUUUAAAUGUAUUCAUUCUGAAGAUUACCCAAAGAGGGUUUUUUUUUUUUUCCCUGAGCAAAUAAAAUGAAGUGUGCUCUUUAGCAACUUUUGUUAAAAGUGUUUCAAGACUCACAAAAUCCACAUGAUUUAAAAUUUACCUUAGAAAAGCCAUGAGUCACUACUUUCUGCUUCGGCUGUUUUCUUUGUUUCAGCUUCUUGUUUGCAUUUUUCUGAUGGAGACCGUUAGAUCCACCCCCAGGUACUUUGGGCCCACAUCUGCAGAAGAUAUACGAUCAUUUUGAAAAUUUGCAAACGCCUGUGAAUAUCACGGUCUUUGUGUUAAUUUCUGCACUCGCUGUAUCAUGAAAUGAAAUAAUUAAGUGUUUAAGCAACAACUGCAAUAUAGCACAUCAGAGCACGAAGGCAUUUAAUUUAGCAAUGUAUAUGUAUAUUUGCUUCGUUUAGCAAACGUUUAGACGUUUAGCAACUAGCCAAGCUGGAGAGUUUCUCUUAAAUACUUAAAAACUUUCCACUUUCAUUGAAAUGGCUGUUGUGAACAUUGCACAUUUGUACAUUUAAACAUAUUGAAUAUCUAGAUUAUUAAUAUCCAAAACAAAAAUCCUUUCAAUCCCCUCAACGCCGUCCAUCAACAGCAACGAAGCACCACAGGAUCACUGUCGACCAAGUUCAACUGGGUGUCACUG